GCUACUAGAGUAGCCUCUGAGACUUUUUUGGAGGGUUUUCCGUUACAUCUCACAAAACUUUCAGGUUACGAUGAAGCAGACUUUGCAUGAAAUGUAUUCUGUGCUUUCAAUGUCACAAGUUAAAAAAAUGUCUGAGUGUUGUUUUUGAACAUAACCCUCCUGCAGUCUGUGCAGCUGCCUCCACAACACCCUGACCCCUUUCCCCCGGAGUCCCAAAGGCCUCUGUCAAGCUGUACAUAUACACAAACAGGACAAUGUAGGAAAGUCUGGGGACUUUAAACUGCAGUGAUUACUUUCCAAAGCUUGGAAGACUGCUGGCUUUGUUCCCCGCACAGGCUUUUGGGGGUGGUGGAAGGGGUUAGAGCCAAUGAGGGGAGAAAAACAGGCAGGGUAAACUAGGAGGAGGGAGAGGGGGGCAUGUUGUGGCUAGUGUUGUCUCUUUCACUACAGUUUCGUGCACAUUCAAGAAACUGCUGCAAAUGUGCAUACAGAAGGGUUACAAGAAGCAAAAGAGGAUUAUUGUUUGGAGGAAUCAACAGGUGGAGACACGAAAAGAACCUGCUGCCUCUUUGUUGCUGAGCGACGAUCAAACUAAGUUUGUGGUUUCCAAGUGGAAUCUACAGCUACAAAGGGAAGGAGAUGAAGAAAGAGCUGGAUGGCAAGAAAGAGAAGACAGAAGAAGAGGGGGUGCACCUCCGGAGAGAGAUCGGCUUGAUGUCUGCGGUGUCCUUCAUCAUUGGUACAGUGGUUGGCAGUGGCAUCUUUAUUGCACCCAAGGGGGUCUUGAUGAACAGUGGCAGUGUGGGGCUCUCCUUGCUGGUGUGGGCACUCUGCGGGGUCCUUUCCCUGUUUGGCGCCUUAUGCUAUGCUGAACUGGGCACCAGUUUCACAAAGUCAGGGGGCCACUACACGUAUCUACUGGAGACACUGGGGCCACUGCCGGCCUUUUUAAGACUCUGGGUUGAGUUCUUCUUUAUCAGACCUGCUGUGGCCUCAUAUGUGUCCCUGGCUUUUGGCCGCUACGUUGUGGAGCCAUUUUUUGAACCCUGUGCUGCUCCCACAGCGCUAAUCAAGCUAGUCAGCAUCCUCGGAGUGACGUUUGUCGUGGCAGUGAAUUGCUGGAGUGUGACCCUAGCCACUCGCACUCAGGUCACUUUGACGUUCCUUAAGAUUUUCGCUCUGGUGCUCAUCAUCAUACCUGGUGUCAUCGCACUGGCCAACGGAAAAACUGAGAACUUCCAGAAUGGAUUUGAGAUUGAAACAUUAACGCUGGAUAGGUUGCCACUUGCCUUUUAUAAUGGCCUGUAUGCCUACGGUGGAUGGUUUUAUUUGAACUUUGUCACAGAAGAAGUCAUAAACCCAAACAGAAACAUCCCGCUGGCAAUAAUCUGCUCCAUGGUGGCAGUGACAAUCUUUUAUGUGCUCGUUAAUGUGGCCUACUACACCAUGAUGACUCCUGCUGAGCUGCUGCUCUCAGAAGCUGUAGCUGUGACAUUUGCAAACCGUGCUCUCCAGGGAUUGUCAUCAGUGAUUCCUAUUCUGGUGUCCCUGUCUUGCCUUGGAGCCCUCAAUGGUGGCUUCUUUGGGGCUCCCAGGAUGCUGUUUGUGGGGGCCAGAGAAGGACACUGGCCUCAUAUCUUCUCCAUGAUUCACAUCCGCAGGAACACACCUUUACCUGCUGUGAUGUUUCUGUACCCCCUGGUGGUGCUGAUGUUAAUCACAGGUGAGCUCCAGCAACUCCUCAACUUUGCCUCCUUUUCCCGCUGGUUCUUCAUCGCUCUGGCAACCUUGGGAAUGCUCAUCCACAGAUAUCGCUUCCCGCUUCACCCGAGACCCUUCAAGGUGCCCCUGGUCAUCGCCGUCACCUUCACGGUGGUUUGUUUCUUCAUCGUGGGUUUGUCUCUGUACUCGGACCCUUGGAACACGGGGAGAAGCCUUGCUAUGACGCUGACAGGGGUUCCAGUUUAUUAUGUGACCAUCUACAGAUAUCGCCUGCCCCCAAGAUUGAGAAGAACAUUCGAUUACUGCAGCAAACAGCUACAGAUCCUGCUAGAAGUCGCUAAACAAGAGGUACAAACAUACUGAAGAACCUGAGGCAGCUUUCUACUGACACUACAUGAGCACCACUUUAACCACGCAUGUGAAUGAAGUGUCUGUUCUGAUACUAAAAGAAUCCUAAGAUGUGAAAACCAUGGCUGUGAUGAGGUGUAAACUGACUUCCUUUGUAGAAUCGUACUUGAAUCAUAGCUAUGCUUUUUUUUUUCUUUUUUUUUUUUACAAGAAUCUGUCUGAAAGAAUAAAGUCAUUUUUGAAUCAC